CCACGCAAUUGGAAGACUAAACAGCUCCUAAACAUCACACGUCAUUUUCAGGUGAAGGAACAGGACGGAGAUCUCAUUAUAAACACUACCGAAAAACAAUUGGAAUCAACAAGAAGAACUCCAUUGUGUGGCAUCAAAUCGCUAUCCAAUGAAACUUCCCAUCAUAGUGGUUGGUGGAGGUGUCAGCUCGUCUUCCUUUGUGGAGCACGUUCGACUGAAUGGCUGUACGACCCCGAUCACGAUGAUCAGUAUGGACGAGAACCCACCCUACGAUCGUCCAAAGCUCAGCAAGCUGUCGAAGUCCAAGAAGUCCGAAUGCGACCCGAUGAAUACUACAAGGAGAAUCAUAUUGAUCUCAUGAUGAAGACCAAGGUAACCAAAGUUGACCCCAAUCGCCGCAAUAUCACACUGGAGACUGGAGAACAAUUACCCUAUAGCAAACUCGUAUUGGCACUGGGUGGUACGCCAAAAAAGCUGUCGAUUCCCGGAGCUGAUCUGAAGAAUGUGUUUACCCUCCGUGUGGUAUCUGAUGCGAACAGCAUCGCUGCACAAUCGGAGGGAAAACAAGUCGUUUGCAUAGGAUCAUCGUUCAUAGGU